AUGGCAUCAGGCAGGAGGAUGGACGGGCUUCACGUUUGGUGUCUGGCUUUGCUGGCUUCUUUCCUCUUGAUCCCUCUUACUGAUGGCUCGCCCAUGAAGGUGAUGUCUGCUCCCAGCCUACUGCGAAUCGGAACAGCAGAAAACAUCUUUGUGGAGUGCCAAGACUGCACCAAUGAUCCUGAUUUCGCGGUUGAAAUCAGAGUCUCAAACUUUCCCACCAAAUCCAAGACGUUGGCGUCCACGUCAGUGAUUCUCACCAGUGCAAACAAAUUUCAAAACUUUGCAGAAAUCAAGAUCCCAGCUGAAUUUUUCAAGCGAGAUACUGACCAGAAGCAAUACGUUUAUCUACAAGCUCAGUUUCCUGAUGUGACACUCGAGAAGAUUGUCUUAGUGUCCCUCCAGUCUGGAUACAUCUUCAUCCAGACGGAUAAGACACUUUACACACCCAGCAGCAAAGUUCAUUUCAGGAUAUUUGGAGUCUCUCCACGCAUGGAGCCUGUAGAGAGGGAUGCUGUUACCCGAACUGAUGCUUCCAUUUCCAUUGAGUUUGUGACCCCUGAAGGCAUCAUUUUACCACAUGAGCCAGUUUCUCUGAAGUCAGGAAUCUUUUCUGGACAUUUCCAACUCGCUGAAAUUGUCAGCUUCGGACUGUGGAAAGUGGUGGCGAGGUUUCAAAGCACCCCACAGACAAACUUCUUUGCAGAGUUUGAGGUCAAAGACUAUGUGUUGCCCAGUUUUGAGGUGAAACUGAUGCAAGAAACCCCAUUUUUCUACGUAGACAGUGAAGAGCUCACAGUCAACAUCAAAGCUACAUAUCUUUUUGGUGAACAAGUGGACGGGUCGGCCUUCGGGGUGUUUGGGGUUAUACAUGAAGGUCAAAAGAGGAGUUUUCCAGGCUCUCUUCAGAAAGUGUCGGUUGAGGCUGGACAUGGGGCAGUCACCCUGAAGCGGGAGCACAUAACACAGACCUUUGAAAACAUCCACGACCUGGUGGGAAGCUCCAUUUUUGUAGCUGUUAAUGUCAUGACAGACAGUGGGAAAGAAAUGGCAGAGGCACAACUGAAAGGCAUCCAGAUCGUCACUUCACCGUACACCAUCCUCUUCAAAAAAACACCCAGUUAUUUCAAACCGGGCCUGUCCUUUGACAUCACGCUUGAAGUCGUGAAUCCUGACGGCUCCCCAGCACAAGGUGUUCUUCUGAUGACUGCGGACGACGUGCAGGGCACCACUACAGAUCGCGGCAUGGCGAGGCUUUCUGUCAACACUGUGGACAAACCUGAACCGAUGACAAUCACAGUAAAGACCAAUGAUUCUCGUAUUUCACCCGAAAGGCAAGCUCAAGCCAGCAUGACUGUUCACCCAUACAUUUCUCAAAGUAACAGCUACAUUCACAUAGGUGUGGAUACAAUGCAAGUAGCAUUGGGAGACAACCUGAAAUUAAACCUGAACCUCAAAAAACAAGACCAGGAGGAAAAUGAUUUGACGUACCUGAUCCUGAACAAGGGUCAGCUGGUGAAAUUUGGCCGUUUCAGGUUGAAAGGUCAGACGAUGGUGUCCUUGAUGGUUCCCAUUACCAAAGAAAUGCUGCCAUCAUUCCGUAUUGUUGCCUACUAUCAUCCCACUGAUAAAGAAGUAGUGUCAGACUCUGUUUGGGUGGAUGUAAAAGAUUCCUGCAUCGGAUCGCUGAAGCUGGAAGCCAUAAGACCAUCUCCAUAUUAUAUGCCUCGCAAACUAUUUAGCCUGAAGAUCACAGGAGAUCCAGAGGCCACUGUAGGGCUGGUGGCGGUUGACAAAGGAGUCUACCUCUUGAACGACAAGCACCGCCUCUCUCAGAAAAAGGUGUGGGACAUUGUUGAGCACUACGACACAGGCUGCACACCCGGUGGAGGGAAAGACAGCAUGGGUGUGUUCUACGAUGCUGGGCUGCUCUUUCAGUCCAACAUGGCCUUUGGGACUCCUUACAGACAAGAACCGAACUGUGCUGCCCCGAGCAGGAGGAAACGAGAAACGGUCAUGAAUGUGACAACCACCUUGUUGAGUCUGUAUGAGGACGAGCUGCAGCGGGACUGCUGUUUGGAUGGCAUGAGGGACACUCCGGUUUCCUACAGCUGCGAGAGGCGCAGCGAGUACAUCGUGGACGGGAGGGCUUGUGUCAUCGCCUUCCUGCACUGCUGCAUGGAGAUGGAAAAGCAUCACGCGGUGCAGAAGGAGACAGAGCUCCGACUGGCUCGCAGCGAGGAAGAUGACAGCAGCUUCAUGGACACCAGUGAAAUCGUUUCUCGCACCCAUUUCCCCGAAAGUUGGCUGUGGACCGACAUCGAACUGCCUGCGUGCACACAGCAGAAAUGUGACACAACGUCAUUGAGAAAAGAUAUUCCUUUGCAAGACUCAAUCACCACCUGGAAUUUUAUUGGUAUCAGUUUGUCAAAGACUCAUGGAAUCUGUGUCGCCGAUCCACUGGAAAUAGUCGUUCGAAAGGACUUCUUCAUAGAUCUCAUUUUGCCGUAUUCUGCUGUCAGAGGAGAGCAACUGGAAAUUCAGGCAGUUCUCCACAACUAUGAUCCUAAUCCUAUCACCGUGCGCGUGGAGCUUAUUGAGGAGCAGCAUGUUUGCAGUGCAGCCUCUAGACGUGGAAAGUUUCAGCAGGUUGUCAGAGUCGGGGCUCAAAACACACAUUCUGUGCCCUUCAUCAUAAUCCCAACACGGGAUGGAGAAUAUCGCGUUGAGGUCAAAGCUGCUGUUCAAGACACAUCAGUCAGCGAUGGUGUCAUGAAGAUGCUGCGUGUCGUGCCUGAAGGCCGACUGAUAAAAUCUUCUCAGGUUAUAACUUUAGACCCAUCUAAUAAAGGUGAAGAUGGUAAACAAGUGGAAAUCAUCAACAGUAGAAUUCCACGGACAGAGUUUGUUCCGAAUUCACCGACCAGCACACAAAUUGCUGUAACAGGAAGACAGAAUCCCAACAUGCUGAAGAACACGAUCAGUGGGGAGUCAAUGGACGCUCUGAUCUACCAGCCCUCAGGCUGUGGCGAGGAGAACAUGAUCCAUAUGACUCUGCCUGUCAUUGCAACCACAUAUUUGGAUAAAACUAACCAGUGGGAGGCUGUGGGGAUAGGCAGACGUGAUGAAACCCUCCAGCACAUCGGCACAGGUUACCAGAGCCAACUAGCCUAUCGUAAAAGGGAUGGAUCUUUUGCGAUGUAUCAAAAUCAACAAGGCAGCACCUGGCUGACAGCCUACGUCGUCAAGGUGUUUUCCAUGGCCCAUAACCUCGUGGCGGUGCAAAGCCAAGUGAUCUGUGACGGUGUCAAGUUUCUCAUUGCCAAUGCACAGCAACCUGAUGGCUUGUUCAGAGAAGUUGGAAGACUAUCUCACAGAGAAAUGACAGGGGACGUGUUCGGCACAGACUCAGACGCCUCCAUGACGGCCUUCUGCCUCAUUGCCAUGCAGGAGUCACGAACCAUAUGUGCUGCUGCAGUUCCCUCUCUGCAGGGCAGCGUGGACAAAGCCAUGGCGUACCUGGAGAAGCGUCUUCCGAGUCUAAUCAACCCUUAUGCGAUUGCCAUGACUUCGUACGCUCUGGCCACUGAGAACAGGUUGAACAGGGAGAUGCUGUUCAUGUUUGCCUCCCCAGAUUUAUCCCACUGGCCUGUACCUGGGGGUCGUUUCUACACAAUGGAAGCCACUGCGUAUGCACUUCUUGCUCUGGUGAAGGUGAAGGCUUUUGGAGAAGCCCGGCCUGUCGUCAGAUGGCUGAACCUACAGCGUCGAGAGAACGGAGGCUUUGGAUCGACUCAGGCCACCAUAAUGGUUUACCAAGCUGUGGGGGAGUACUGGACCAGCAAAAAAGAGGAGGAUUACUUUUUGAACGUAGACGUUUUGCUUGCUGGCCGGUCGAAGCCGGACAAGUACAGCUUCAGCUGGGAAAACCCCUUUAUGACAAGAACAUCUAAAAUCAAUGAUAUAAAUCAGGAUGUGAAAGUGAGCGCCACCGGCCCUGGAGAGGCAAAGCUAACUGUAAUGUCGCUGUAUUAUGCUCUUUCUAAAGAAAAGGAGUCAAACUGUCAGAAGUUCAACUUGUCCGUUCAGCUCAUGCCAGAGACGAUGGGUGAUGACGAAAAGAUUUACAAGCUGAAAAUAGAAGUUUUACAUAAGGAGCAGCGGCGCGAUGCCUCCAUGUCAGUCUUGGAAGUUGGCAUGCCAACCGGCUUCACUGCAAACACUAAAGACCUGGACUUGUUAUCCAAAGGACGUGCACGCACUAUUGGGAGAUACCGUGUGAACAGCGCGGAGUCGGACAGGGGCUCAGUCAUGAUUUACCUGGGAAAGGUUUCCCACUCACAGCCAGAUGAAAUCACUUUCAGGAUCCAUCAAACGCUGAAGGUGGGCAUCUUACAACCAGCCGCAGUGUCGGUCUAUGAAUUCAACAGCGAUAACUACAGACCUGAAACACAUUGUGUGAGAUUUUACCAUCCCGAGAGGAGAAGCGGAGAACUACUGCGUCUCUGCAGAAAUGACGAAUGCACCUGUGCGGAAGAGAACUGUAGCAAACAGAAGACGGGUAAAAUCAACAAUGAUGUCCGCACAGCUAAAAUCUGUGAGACAGAGGUGAACAGCAGGACAGAUUUUGUGUACAAAGUGAGGCUGGAGGAGUUCUCCGAUGGUUUGUCCACAGACAUUUAUACAAUGCAGGUGCUGGAAGCCAUCAAAGAAGGAAGUUAUGAUAUAGGUCCUCAGGGAAAACGGCGUGUAUUUUUAGGUUAUCAGCACUGCAGACGAGCUUUAAACCUGCAGCUGAACAACACUUACCUCCUCAUGGGGACACCCCAAGACAUCUACAAGGAUGACCAGAACAACGUAUAUCAAUAUGUGCUCGGUGAGAGGACCUGGAUCGAGUACUGGCCGACAGAAGAAGAGUGCCAGACUGAAGAAUAUGAGUCCAUCUGUGAUGGCAUGGAUGAAAUGACCCAGGAAUACAAUGUCAAUGGAUGUCGAAGUUAG